GUUGAAACACAUGCAGAAUUCCAGUUGCAGUUUCAUGUGUGAAUAUUAAAAAAUCAUACAAAGUGUAUAUUUUCAAAUAAUUACAAAUGUUUAACUAGUUUGAUGUGUAUCGAAAAAUAAAGUGAUAUCAAAAAAAAGAAUAUGUAUAAACUUCUAAGGCCGUACACGACACCAAAUAAUUUUCUAAAAUUGCGUCAGUUUCAUGCUGCAUUUCGACAGGUUGAUUUGAAGUGCCAUCAGAAAGAAUUAAAGUUUUGGUGCCAGAAUGUAGCCACUCGACAUAUUCAUUCCACAAUAUGCCUAGAAAUACCAAGCAAGCGUACAAAACUUGAGCUAAAAAGGCGUCUAAAAGCUGAGCAAAAAGCCAAGGAAAAGGCAGAGAAGGAGGCGCAAAAAGCGGCUGCAGCAAGUGCUAAUGCUGAUAACAAUGCUCCAAAAAAGAAGUCGGCGGCGGCGUCAGAAGAGGAAAUUUCACCAAAUGAAUAUUUUAAACUGCGUUCAGCUGCUGUUGUUGAUUUAAAAAAAUCACCAGAAACCCAUCCCUAUCCUCAUAAAUUCAACGUUAGUAUUUCUUUGGAAAAUUUCAUUAAAAAAUAUGAGAAUCUUAAAGAGGGUGAAAUGCUUGAAGACGUCUCUCUGAGCGUUGCUGGUCGCGUGCAUGCAAUACGGGAAUCUGGUGUAAAAUUAAUAUUUUACGAUUUGCGCGGUGAGGGUGUCAAAUUGCAGGUAAUGGCCAAUGCUAAGUUAUACCAUAACGAAAGUGCCUUUGAGCCUGAUACUGCAAAAAUACGACGUGGUGACAUUAUAGGUAUCAACGGUUACCCCGGUAAAACCAAGAAGGGUGAACUCUCUGUGGUGCCAAAAGAGAUUAAACUGUUGUCACCAUGUUUGCAUAUGCUGCCUCAUUUGCAUUACGGUCUCAAGGAUAAAGAGACACGUUACCGACAAAGGUAUUUGGAUUUGAUCAUGAAUCCCAAAGUGAGAGAAACCUUCCAAAUUCGUGCAAACAUUGUCUCAUUUGUGCGACAAUUCCUCGAUCGCAUGGGUUUCUUGGAAGUAGAAACACCCAUGAUGAACAUGAUUGCUGGCGGUGCAACUGCCAAACCCUUCAUCACACAUCACAAUGACUUGAAUAUGGAUUUGUAUAUGCGUGUCGCACCUGAAUUGUACCAUAAAAUGCUCGUUGUUGGUGGAUUAGAUCGAGUGUAUGAAAUUGGGCGUCAAUUCAGAAAUGAAGGCAUCGAUUUAACGCAUAAUCCAGAAUUUACCACUUGCGAAUUCUAUAUGGCUUAUGCUGAUUUUAAUGAUCUUAUCGAAAUAACUGAGAAAAUGAUCUCAGGUAUGGUGAAAGCCAUUCAUGGUACUUAUAAAAUUAAAUACCAUCCCGAAGGACCUGAGGGUCCCGAGGAAGAAAUUGAUUUUACGCCACCAUUUAGAAGGGUUUCGAUGAUAAAAACUCUAGAAGAAAAAUUAAACGUUAAAUUUCCACCAGCAACAACGUUUAAUAGCAAAGAGACAACCGAAUUCCUCUCACAACUUUGCGCCAAACAUCAGAUCGAAUGUCCGCCACCACGUACAACGGCACGUCUGCUGGAUAAAUUAGUCGGUGAUUUUAUUGAAGAAACCUGUAUAAAUCCAACAUUCAUCUGUGAGCAUCCGCAAAUAAUGUCACCACUGGCCAAAUAUCACCGCAGCGAACCUGGUUUGACGGAACGUUUCGAGCUGUUCGUCAUGAAGAAGGAAGUGUGUAAUGCUUACACCGAGUUGAACGAUCCGAUGGUGCAGCGUGAAAGAUUCGCCCAACAGGCGAGCGAUAAAGCGGCUGGUGAUGAUGAGGCGCAACUGAUUGAUGAGAACUUCUGUACAGCAUUAGAAUAUGGCUUACCACCAACAGGUGGCUGGGGUCUGGGCAUUGAUCGUCUAACUAUGUUCCUCACCGACACCAAUAACAUUAAGGAGGUGCUCUUCUUCCCCGCAAUGAAACCAGAGGAAGCUAAUCGAACACAGCCAGCAGCCAGUGAAGGCGAUCAAAUCGCGGAAAAGAGUAAUUAGCAUGAUUUGGAGAUUGAAGAUCUUAGUAGUUUUUGAAAACAUCGUUUGAUAAAGUGUAUAACGGAUUCGCAAAUAUAAUUCUCAAAAAAAAAAUAAUAAUAAAAUUAUUUAUUUGCUAUUAUAA